UGGACGUUGAAUGAAACGUUACAAGCACAGAGUGCAAUUUACAAACAAGACUUUGAAGCUGAAAGGAAUGACAGGCAAAGAAUACAUGCUGAAUAUGAGGAACUGAAAACCAAAACAAGAAUGCAAAAUAAAGCUGAUAAAGAAGCAAUGGCUGAGCUUGGAGAGAUAAUAAAGACCCAACAGGAAGAGAUAAGAGUUUAAAAGGACAGCUUGAUGCUUCCAUUAGUCAGAAUCAAGAGGAUAGAAUGCAAGCACUAAGAGACCAGGUCCAAGAGUUACAAAUGAAGUUUUCAAAAGAAAAAGAAAGUCUUCUGAAGGCUUACCAUCAAGAAAAAACAAGAGCUAAUAGACUAGAGGAACAAAUUGAACUAAUGAAAGAAGCUAAUAAUAUACAAACUCGCUCAAGGAGAAGCUAUUCUUAUUCCUCGUCUCAUCAUUAUGAUUCCUUUCCAUCUGACUCUGAUUCUUUUUCUCCUCCUCCAUUUGCCCAUCAAUCAGUCGGUGAUUCUUCAUAUUUUCCUUUUAAUCCGACCCCCUCACCCUCUCCUCACAUCAGCGAAAGAAGAAAUAAACCAAGAAUAGUAAAAGAUGUUACCAGCCGAAAUCAUGAUUAUACCACCAGCAUUCCUUCUCACAUACGACCACAUCUCAGUAGAGAAGAAAUGUAUAGAAGAUUUGGAGGAGGUCAAAUGAGAAGAGAAGAGCAUGAAAGACCAAGAGUGUCACCAGCAUAUACUAGCAGUAUACCUGAUUCUGUUCAACCUCAGCUCAGUGAAGAGGAAAUGAAAAGCCGUUUCAAACCAAGAGUCUCACCAGCAUAUACCAGUAGUAUACCUGAUUCUGUUCAACCUCAAGUUAGCGAAGAGGAAAUGAAAAGGCGUUUUAAGAACCACCAGCAGCCAUACAACCAGUACAGGAGGGAGGACAGUGAGGAGCACUGGAGAGUUAAUGAAGAGACGGACCAAGCUUUGCUUGAAGUUGAUCGUAUUAGAAAGCAAAAUCCCAUUCAUCCUUAAACAACACAUUAAUGGGAAUGAAUAAAUUUAGUGUGAUGAUAAAUGUAGACCUGUAAUAUUGCUAGAAUGCAAAUCUACAUGUACAUAUACAUCUUUUUGAUACUACUGCAAUUUUAAUUUGCUUUUAUAAUAA